ACAAAACCAUCUUUUCUUCCUCGUAUAUAAAGAAGUAACCUUAUCAUCGCUUCUUUUGAGCUUCAGUUACAGAAGAGGAAGACGUUAUAAAAUUGAGAAUUAAAGUAGAAUUGAGAUAGGAAUUAUACCCAAAACGUAAACUAUGAUUCAUACCGUUUUGCUCUUCAGCCUCCUUUCAUUGGCUUACUCACAAUAUCCCCCGGAGCGUGGGCCCCCUCCUCAACGAGGACCUCCACCCCAAGCUCAAGGACCACCUCCAGAGGUCUAUCAUCCUCGCCCAAGCCAGAAUGCAGUCUAUAAGCCGGCAUCCGUACAUUAUGUUAACAUAGGAGAGGAGUUGGCUGGUGAUUAUAAAUUCGGCUACGAUACUGGGAAAGGAACAUUAGGUCAAAGUUUUCGUGAAGAGACUCGAUUACCUGAUGGCACUGUUCAAGGAGCAUACGGAUAUGUUGAUGAAACCGGGAGACAAAGAAUAGUUAAAUAUACAGCUGGAAAGGAUGGUUUCAAAGCCCAGGGAGAUAUUGGACCAGAAGGUGGUCCAGGAGCAGCCGCUCAAGCAGCCCCUGCUCCUGCUGCAUAUAGGGCUCCACCACCUCAAGCUCCUAGACCAGCUCCACAACCAGCAUAUGCUCCACCACCACAACCUGCCUACAGAGCACCUCCGGCACAACCUGCUUACCGGGCACCCCCAGCGCAACCAGAAUAUGCACCAGAACCUCAAGCGUACGCUCCUCGUCCAAGGCCACGGUCGAGGCCCCAGUCUUACGCGCCACCUCAGCAACAGUAUGCUCCACAGCCUGCCCAUAGGAAUUAUGAGAGUUCACCUGAUUAUGAAGACCCUAACAAUGAUAUAGCUGAAAGGCGCAUUGUUCCAAUAGAUACAUCUUUGUUCAACUAUAAUAUUGGCAUGAAUCAAGGAUCUAGGAGUUAAGCAUCAUAACUUUGGAAAAGUCACUCUGCUGAAGGAAGCUGGUCGAAAAUUAAGUAUUACCAACAUAUGAUUAAAGUAUUACCAACAUAUGAUUGGUUGCACCUGAUCUUUGUUUUAUCUGAAACUCUAUUGGUGCUGUACCUUCUGUGACUGCUGCUCCUAAAACAGAAGAAAUAUCAUAUUAGAAACAUUUUCACUUUGUUUCAGUCAAGGAACUAUUAUGCAAAUUACACAUCUCUCUUCAGUACAUUCUGCUAACAUCCUUGAUUUCAUGUGUCACAUAUUUUUGUCAUCGUUCAUGUACAGUUAGGGAGGCAUUUGUACCUCUUUAAAAUGAGAAUAUUAAUAUCUUAGUUUACAAAUUUCAAUACGCAGUAUUUACAUGCAAGAAAUCAGAAAAUUAAAUUCCCUAGUUGUUAUUUCUUAAGGAUAAAAACUACCAAGUUUCAAUGCAUAAAUCAAAACAAGAUAAUAACUACUAGUUUGCUAACUGGAGCUGAAUGCGACUAACAGUCAGUAUACAAUUGAAAGGAGUAGCGUUCAAAGAACUUUAAAUAUAUUCUAUUACAUGAUCGUAUAACCCGCAUUUUUUUCUUAUUUGUACCUUUCGAUUUAUUAGUUUUUCUCACUUAAUACUCUGUUAAUUAUAUAGUGAUAUUUUAGUCUUUCUACAUCAAUAUAAUAACUAUAUCUGCUUAAAUUUUCCCUUUCUUCCUUUCUAUAAUCUUUUCCCUAUAAUUAUUCUGGAAUCUAUAGUUCAUUGCACCUCGCAAAGACUUAACCAAAACAAGUAUUCACUUCUUCUAAAAAUACUUCUAAAAUAAAUAAAAUACUAUUUUGUUCACUGACGUGGUUUAAAUAUUUUGCACCUUUAAACAUAAUGCAAAUUAUGUUUUAACUACCAAGUUUCAAUGCAUAAAUCAUACCUUUAAACAUAAUUUGCAUUAUGUUUAAAGGUGCAAAAUAUUUAAACCACGUCAGUGAACAAAAUAGUAUUUUAUUUUAGUUAAUAUUUUGCAUAUCGAUUGAUAAACAUGUUUACUAUUAUUUUCUUUGUUAAUUAUUAAACCAAAAAAACCAAAAAAAAAAUCAUUGUCUUUAUUUAUAGAAGACACAUACAUUUAAGAAAUAUAAGAGUCAUAUGAGUAUUUACUUAUGAAAUUGUAUCAGUGUAGUUAAUAGUAAAAACGCUUUUAAAUUUUUGGUAACGUAUUUUAUCCGAUGAUAGUAUUUCUAUCAUCAAUAUUUUAAUAUUUUAGAAUAUAUUAAGAAUGCACGUAUAAGUUCGUAAUUUUACGUGCGGCUGAAAAUUAAAUAACUAAAUUACUGUAAUAAAAUGCAUAUUAAAAGUGAUAAUUUUCGAUAAGAAUCUGAUAUUGCAGAUUAUUAUGGAUGUAGAAUGUAGUAUUUCAUUGUAAUCAUUCAUUUUGCUUAGUUUAAUUCAAUUAUAAUAUUUAUUAUAACACUUGCAUGUAAUUUGUUGGAUAAAAACUCCUGUUAUAUUUCCUGCAAAUUGUGUCAUUGGAUCUCAAUUGAAGAAUGAAGAUUUUUUCGUAUUUUUCCAUUAUCUGUAAAUUAAUUAUCAGAAAAUUAAACUUCUUGUAAAAUCCGUUAUAUUUUACAGGAACCAUCUCUUCAGUAAAGAGGUGCACCUAUUAUGUGAUAAUAUUUUAUGUAAAUUUUUGUGUUGUUGUAAUCAUUAAAAAGUAUUAUAUUAAGGUAGAAUUUUAGGUAUAAAAAUUAUAAAAAUUGGGACUUGCAAUGCUAGUGUAUUGUAAAUAUUUUCAAAACUAAUAUAAGUUUUUGCAAAUAAUGUAAUUUUCUAUAAAUUGUAUAGAAAGUGUGGAGCUGAAUUCAAAUAGAAAGUAUUUCGAACACACUCUUAUCCUUUUGAAAAAUAAAACCUUUCAAAGCAA